AUGGACAAGUCAUCAGAGUAUAGACUUGAGCAAUAUGCUUCACGUUAUUCUCAGGGUAUAAAAUCAAUGAGCUCCUUCAAUCAUACCACUAACAAUUACUUUCAUAUUCUAUAUAUAUAUACCAUCUUGAACCAAGUGUAUAUUAUUUGUAUAGGCCCGAUUUAUUCGCAGUUAGUGAGUUCAGUCUUCCAAGAUUUGUGA